GUCAUCACUUUCCACAGACAAUAUUUGGGAGGAUGGAAAGAAUCCCCUAAGAGGCGCCCACCACCUGCUGUCGCAAGGUGCCUCCACCAGUCGAGUAGGAGCUCAGCUGGGGUCUUUGCUGCUGGGAAAGCUGGCUUCCACCUGCUCUUCCGCACCCAGGGUAACGCGUCUGGAGGUUGCCUAGCAACGAGCCUUCUUGAGGCAACAUGGAGAGCAUAGACUCCAGCGCGAGCAACGGGAAGAUCGAGGACGGCGAACCCGGGACCUUGAGCACCGCCGUGCGUGAGCACCUGCAGAAGCUGUGUCUGCAUGAAUUCCCGUGUGGCACCGGGAGCUGGAAUAAGUCACGCUUCCUUCCUCAAACAUGGCGAACCUGGAGGGACUUGGUCCCCAAAGAGGAGGAGACCGUGAGUGCGGGGGAAGAGACUGUGGAGGACCUGCUGGGCCUGGUGCGGAGCAACCACUCUCCUUGGGCUUUGAUGAAGGACUCCAGCGCCGAGGACCAGUUCCUGAGAGAACUGGCCAUCCAGCAUCCACUGAUGAUCAAAGACACUUUCUUCUACUCCUACUUUCGGUCCCUGCGGGUGGUGGACAAGGGGGUGAGUCUGGUGGACAAAGACCUCUUGAAAUUUCUGAAGCUGGAGGAGUUGGUUCUGAGUGCCAAUAAAAUUGAGGAAAUCGAUGCUAACAAUCUGCCCCCCACAUUGAAGGUGCUGGAGCUUUAUGGCAACUUGAUCACCAGCAUGGCGUGUCUGUGCUCGCCCGCACCCCCCAGCCUACAGCACUUGGGGCUAGGCCACAACAAACUGAUGGGCCAUCAGGAGAGUCUGUUUGUCACCUCUCACAACUGGCCCAAACUCGUCUCCCUGGACCUGGGCUUCAACGACUUGACGGACCUGCAGAGCAUGUUAGAGGGUCUCAGAACCUUGCAGCACCUGAGGCUGCUAAUACUACAGGGGAACCCAAUGGCUCUGGUGCCUCACUACCGCGGCUUUACUGUGGACAGCCUGGCACACCUCUGCGUGCUGGACGACAUCACCGUGUCCCCCAGCGAGAAGCAUCAGUUCCGGGGACUCAGCAUUCAUGGGGACCUGUUGGCACGUGAGGCACAGUUUGUGGUAACUGUUGGAAAUGUCAGGGGGGUUAUGGACUCCUCUGUCUUGGACCCAGAGCCAGGACCUGAUGGCCCUUUCAUAAGCUACAGCUAUUAUGUGACCUACGAUUUUGUGGAAGAUGAAGAGGGCGGAAGGAAUGCGGUCCCCAGUGGGAUGGCAGAGACGCAACCAGAGAGCGAUCUGGCUGAGAUUGUCCAGCCCUCCUCCAGCAUGGAGCAAUUAGAUGAGGAGGGUCAAGAGAUGGGCGGCGAGGAGGACCAACAGGAUCUGUUGGAGGACCAUUCAGGGCCCCAGCGCCAGGCCCGACAGGCUCGCCUGGCCCGCCAGGGUGGCCGCCGUAGGUCUCAUCCAGAGUCUCCUGAGGGCAUGUCCAAGGAGAUGUCUCAGUUUAUAGCUGAGGAGAUGAAUGAGAUGGCCGAUGACUCCGAAGAGUCUGGGAUAACAGAUAUGGAGGAGUCGGAGACGACCAUUUCCAUCCACUCCGCCCCCCUGCCACAGUCGAUUGACUCUUCAGAAGAACUGUCCAAGCUGCGACCGCGCAUUGAUGUACCGCUCGGUCCAGCCCCAGGGACAACCCUCUUCAGCACCGUCCGAAAGCCUUGGACCGACGUCAUCCCUUGCAACUAUGAGAUGAAGCACACCCUCAAGGAGCUGGUGCGGGCCAAGGCCUUCCUGCUGGCGGGGACCACCGUGACAAUCGUAGAGGAAAAGAUCCUCUCCUGGCCCGUGAUGCCAACUCCUGUCGAGAGCCCCUUGCCUGCCAAGAAGGGGAAAGGAGACAAGAGGGAGAAAGAAAAGAAACAGAAGGCAGAGGAGGCAGCCAAGGAUAAAAAGGGACUCAGGAAAAAAAAGGAGCCUCCCAGGGAGCUUCGUCAGGACCCGCCGGUGCUGCGCGCGCUGGGUAGCGGCCUGGUGUACCUGGAGCCCUUGCUGGCAGGGGAGCCAGCAGUGACCACCGUGUGUAAUUUUGGGGUGGUCCGCACCCUUGAGUCUGACAAGCUGACUUUUGCCAGGGAUUCAAAGAAGAUAAAGAAAGUUCCCAAGAAGGAAAAGUCAAAAAUGGCGAUUCCGACCUUCGAAAGCAUGUAUCAGCCAGAGCCCCUGACCGUGGAGAUCCAGAUCCAGCUGCAUCAGUACCGCUCCGUGGAGGAAGCUUUCCUCAGUCUGGUUGACUAGCCGGGAGAGUAAAGGAUGCUCUGCGGCUGGA